AAAAUUUGAAACACGUAGAAGAAAUCCAAGCAACGCCCAGAUCUAUGGCUUGCCUUCAAGCACGAAACCAAGUUGGAGCUUCCGACCUUCUUACUCUUCUAGACCUCUACCCAAUUUGAACUUUCAGACAUCACAGAUAUUCCUUUCCCAUCUCCACGCUAGCGCUCCCAAAUCCCAGGACUGGGGGUUACUCAUCCCCCUCUUCCUCUACAAAAGAGAGAGAGACAGAAGAAACACUAUUGAAACCAGACCAACCUCAUGGCUUCAACCAUCAACCCCUUGCUCUCCUCAAGCAUCAUUGGUACCCAAAUCUUUCUCUCACCUCCAACUCCCAAAACAACCAAGUCUUUGCCUUUUAGAAAGUUUCUAGUAACACGCUCAGUUCUUGACAGAAAAUCCGAUUCACAAACCCUAAAGACCUUUUCAUCGCAGGCCACUUUGGCUGCCUUACUCUUCUCUUCACUCACCCCACAAGCCCUAGCCCUUGAUAACAGCAGUCCACAAACUCCAUCACCUGUUAUUCAAGCUGAAGCACCCAAACCCAACCUUUCAAACGCAUCACCAUUCUCAAAAAACCUUCUCUUAACAGCCCCAAAACCCCAAACACAGUCUACCUCUGACCUCCCGGAGGGUGGUCAAUGGCGAUACAGCGAGUUCUUGAAUGCUGUGAAAAAGGGCAAGGUUGAAAGGGUUCGAUUCGGCAAGGACGGAAGUGCCCUCCAACUCACUGCUAUUGAUGGCCGUAGAGCAACUGUAGCUGUCCCCAAUGACCCUGCCUUAAUUGACAUUUUGGCGAUGAAUGGCGUCGAUAUAUCGGUGGCGGAGGGCGAUUCUGGUAAUGGGUUGUUCAAUUUCGUCGGGAAUUUGCUGUUUCCAUUUCUUGCUAUUGCCGGAUUGUUUUUUUUAUUCCGGCGAGGCCAGGGAGGGCCCGGUGGCCCUGGCGGUCUGGGCGGGCCAAUGGACUUUGGCCGGUCCAAAUCCAAGUUUCAGGAGGUUCCAGAGACCGGUGUCACAUUUGCUGAUGUGGCCGGAGCUGAUCAGGCCAAAUUGGAAUUGCAAGAAGUAGUGGAUUUCUUGAAAAACCCUGAUAAGUACACUGCUCUAGGAGCUAAAAUUCCAAAAGGGUGUCUUUUGGUGGGACCGCCCGGUACAGGGAAGACCCUUUUGGCCCGAGCAGUGGCUGGUGAGGCCGGUGUGCCGUUCUUUUCUUGUGCAGCUUCGGAGUUUGUGGAAUUGUUUGUGGGGGUGGGUGCUUCUAGAGUGAGGGAUUUGUUUGAGAAGGCAAAGUCCAAAGCGCCUUGCAUUGUGUUUAUUGAUGAGAUUGAUGCUGUGGGGAGGCAGCGAGGGGCAGGACUUGGGGGUGGGAAUGAUGAAAGAGAGCAGACCAUUAAUCAGCUUUUGACUGAGCUGGAUGGUUUUUCAGGUAAUUCGGGUGUUAUAGUGUUGGCUGCAACUAACAGGCCGGAUGUUCUUGAUUCAGCAUUGCUGAGACCGGGAAGGUUUGAUAGACAGGUUACUGUGGAUAGGCCUGAUGUUGCUGGUAGAGUCAAAAUCCUUCAGGUGCACUCCAGAGGAAAGGCGCUUGCAAAGGAUGUGGACUUUGAAAAGAUUGCCCGGAGAACACCAGGUUUUACAGGAGCUGAUUUGCAAAACCUGAUGAAUGAAGCAGCCAUUCUUGCAGCCAGGCGUGACCUUAAGGAAAUAAGCAAAGACGAAAUAUCCGAUGCUUUGGAGAGAAUAAUUGCUGGUCCAGAGAAGAAAAAUGCUGUUGUCUCGGAGGAGAAGAAGAAACUGGUUGCUUACCAUGAGGCGGGUCAUGCUUUGGUUGGUGCACUUAUGCCUGAAUAUGAUCCUGUAGCCAAGAUCUCCAUCAUUCCUCGUGGCCAAGCAGGUGGUCUUACCUUUUUUGCUCCAAGUGAAGAGAGGCUGGAGUCUGGGCUGUACAGUAGAAGCUACCUGGAGAAUCAGAUGGCUGUUGCACUUGGUGGAAGGAUUGCCGAAGAGGUUAUUUUUGGUGAAGAGAAUGUAACAACAGGGGCAUCAAAUGACUUUAUGCAAGUUUCGAGGGUUGCAAGGCAAAUGGUCGAGAGAUUUGGGUUCAGCAAGAAGAUUGGACAAGUUGCUAUCGGUGGACCUGGUGGAAAUCCCUUCUUAGGUCAACAGAUGUCAUCCCAGAAAGAUUACUCCAUGGCUACUGCUGAUGUGGUGGAUACAGAAGUGAGGAAGCUGGUAGAGACUGCAUAUUCCAGGGCCAAGCAGAUCAUUACAACCCACGUUGACAUCCUACACAAGCUUGCUCAGCUCCUAAUGGAGAAAGAAACCGUUGAUGGAGAAGAGUUCAUGAGCCUUUUCAUUGAUGGCAAGGCUGAGUUAUAUGUUGCCUAAUUGCACUCUUAAGCCCCAAAACGACACUGUAUAUAGGAAAGGUGGCGUGAGCUUUUACUGCGAGACAACACAUGUAUCACUCUCCUUCUGGUACAUCUUUGAAUGACUACCACGCCCCCACAUGGGACUAUAUAUGGACACUGCAUUUUGUGACAAAAGGAACAAUAGAUUGAGUCAUGACACAAAAAAAAAAGUUGUACAUGAUGAGGCCUCUCAUGAUCCUCCUUCACCACGCUGCCUCUUUGCUUCUAGCCCACUGAGCGUGCAUUGCAUUUAGGACAGGUUGAGCUAUCUCUAUAUGCAACGGUUUACAGAUAGAGUUGGUCUGAUCCCUGAAUCGAUGAUAUCACCAACUAAUUGAAACUCACCAACCUAAUAAAAUUUAGGGACAAUUACGCCUGUACUUCAUGAGGUUUUUUAUUGAAUCAUUUAAAUUUCUGACAUUUGAAAUAUUAUAUACAGACUCCUUGAAAUUUAAAUGCGUGUAAUACUUAGGUUUCUGUUGUCAAU